CUGCUUGAGCCGGGGGAGCGGCCGCGGAUGCUGCUCUCCCAGCUGCCCGCCAGGCCGCUGGCUUCUGCUCCGAGCCCGGAGUUACGGGCUGUAUGAGGAGAAUUCAGCGCUUUCAUCUUCAGGCCCGGGUCCAACGCCCAUUAUCGACCUGUCUUUGAGCAGAAGAUCUUAUGUGGCACAUCUGAUUUUUUGGACUUCAGGAUGAGUGUCCCCGACUACAUGCAGUGUGCUGAGGACCACCAGACCCUCCUGGUGGUGGUGCAGCCCGUGGGCAUUGUUUCUGAGGAGAACUUCUUCAAGAUCUACAAGAGGAUCUGCUCUGUGAGUCAGCUCAGCAUGAGGGACUCACAGCGGGCCCUCUUCAUCCGCUACCGACACCACUACCCGCCAGAGAACAACGAGUGGGGUGACUUCCAGACUCACCGCAAGGUUGUGGGCCUCAUCACCAUCACUGACUGCUUCUCCGCCAAGGACUGGCCGCAGACCUUCGAGAAGUUCCAUGUGCAGAAGGAGAUCUAUGGCUCCACCCUCUAUGAUUCCCGGCUCUUCGUCUUUGGGCUACAGGGGGAGGUGGCUGAGCAGCCACGCCCUGAUGUUGCCUUCUACCCUAGCUAUGAAGACUGUGACUCUGUGGAGAAGCGCAUUGAGGAUUUCAUUGAGUCGCUCUUCAUUGUGCUUGAGUCCAAGCGUCUGGACAGAGCCACAGACAAGUCGGGGGACAAGAUCCCACUUCUGUGUGUCCCCUUUGAGAAAAAGGACUUCGUGGGUCUGGACACAGAUAGUAGACAUUACAAGAAGCGGUGCCAAGGACGCAUGCGGAAGCACGUAGGGGAUUUGUGCCUCCAGGCUGGGAUGCUGCAGGACUCCUUGGUGCACUACCACAUGUCAGUAGAGCUGCUCCGCUCUGUGAAUGACUUUCUAUGGCUUGGGGCUGCCUUGGAAGGACUGUGCUCAGCAUCUGUCAUUUACCACUAUCCUGGUGGAACAGGCGGUAAAACUGGGGCUCGGAGGCUCCAGGGUAGCUCCCUCCCUGCUGAAGCAGCCAAUAGACAUCGACCAGGGGCACAAGAAGUUCUCAUUGAUCCAGGUGCCCUCACCACCAAUGGCAUAAACCCUGAUACCAGCACUGAAAUUGGACGCGCUAAGAACUGUCUUAGCCCUGAAGAUAUAAUUGACAAAUAUAAAGAGGCCAUUUCUUAUUACAGCAAGUAUAAGAAUGCUGGAGUGAUUGAGUUGGAAGCAUGUGUCAAAGCUGUACGUGUCCUGGCAAUUCAGAAGCGGAGCAUGGAAGCUUCAGAAUUUCUUCAGAAUGCAGUGUACAUUAAUCUUCGACAGCUUUCUGAAGAAGAAAAGAUUCAGCGCUAUAGCAUCCUCUCUGAGCUCUACGAGCUUAUCGGCUUCCACCGCAAGUCAGCAUUCUUCAAGCGUGUGGCAGCCAUGCAGUGCGUGGCUCCAAGCAUCGCUGAGCCUGGCUGGAGGGCCUGCUACAAACUCCUCCUGGAGACACUGCCUGGCUAUAGUCUGUCACUGGACCCAAAGGACUUCAACAAAGGUACCAGUUGUCCAGGCACGCACAGAGGUUGGGCUGCCGUCCAGAUGCGCCUGCUCCAUGAACUGGUCUACGCCUCCCGAAGAAUGGGGAACCCCGCCCUGUCUGUGAGGCACCUGUCCUUCCUCCUGCAGACCAUGCUGGACUUCCUUUCGGAUCAGGAAAAGAAAGAUGUGACUCAAAGUCUGGAGAAUUACACAUCCAAGUGUCCUGGGACAAUGGAGCUCCUCACCCUCCCUGACGGGCUCACGCUGCCUCCAGUACCUUUCACAAAGCUGCCCAUCGUCAAGCAUGUGAAGCUGCUGAGCCUUCCUACCAGCCUCCGGCCCCAGAAAAUGAAAAGUUUGCUGGGUCAGAACGUGUCAGCCAAGAGCCCCUUCAUCUACUCGCCCAUCAUCGCACACAACCGCGGAGAGGAGAAGAACAAGAAAAUUGAUUUCCAGUGGGUUCAAGGAGACGUGUGUGAGGUCCAGCUGAUGGUGUACAACCCGAUGCCGUUUGAGCUCCGUGUGGAGAACAUGGGGCUCCUCACCAGUGGAGUGGAGUUUGAGGCUCUCCCUGCAGCUCUUUCACUACCAGCAGAAUCUGGUCUGUAUCCAGUGACACUUGUUGGGGUCCCACAGACCACUGGAACCAUCACUGUGAACGGUUACCGUACCACGGUCUUUGGUGUCUUCAGUGACUGUUUGCUGGAUAAUCUUCUGGGAAUAAAAACCAGUGGCUCCACUGUGGAAGUCAUUCCAGCUUUGCCCAGACUGCAGAUCAGUACUUCUUUGCCCAGAUCUGCACAUUCACUGCAACCUUCUUCUGGUGAUGAAAUAUCUACUAACGUGUCUGUCCAGCUUUACAAUGGAGAAACUCAGCAACUCAUCAUUACAUUGGAAAAUAUUGGAAUGGAACCACUGGAGACACUGGAAGUCACCUCAAAAAUUCUCUCCACCAAGGAAAAGUUGUAUGGUGACUUCUUGAGCUGGAAGCUGGAAGAAACCCUGGCCCAGUUCCCUCUGCAGCCUGGGAAGGUGGCCACUCUGGCCAUCAGCAUCAAAGCAAAGCUGGACUUCUCCUGCCAGGAGAACCUCCUGCAGGACCUCAGUGACGAUGGAAUCAGUGUGAGCGGCUUCCCCCUCUCCAGUCCUUUUAGGCAGGUUGUUCGGCCUCGUGUGGAAAGUAGACCAGCGACCGUCUCUGAGGGCAGCAAAGCGGGAGACCUCAGCCAUCUGAAGACUCUGGAAGCUGUCCUGAAUUUCAAGUACUCGGGAGGCCCAGGCCACGUGGAAGGAUAUUACAGGAACCUCUCCCUAGGCCUGCAUGUGGAAGUUGAGCCAUCUGUAUUUUUCACACGAGUCAGCACUCUCCCAGCAACCAGUACCCGGCAGUGCCACCUGCUUCUGGAUGUCUUCAACUCCACAGAGCAUGAGCUGACAGUCAGUGCCAGACGCAACGAGGAGCUCAUCCUUCAUGCUGGGGAGUGCCAGCGAAUGGCUAUCCAAGUGGACAAGUUCAACUUUGAGAGUGUUCCAGAAUCCCCUGGAGAGAAGGGACAAUUUGCAAGUCCAAAGCAGCUGGAAGAGGAGAGGCUGGAAGCUCGAGGAUUGGAGAUCAAUAGCAAACUGGACAUCCACUGGAGAAUCCCCUCUCUGAAGCGCAGUGGUGAGGCGAGUGUGGAGGGGCUCCUGAACCAGCUCGUCCUGGAGCACCUGCAGCUGGCGCCUCUGCAGUGGGAUGUGCUGGUGGAUGGACAGCUGUGUGACUGCGAUGCAGCAGCUGCCUGCCCUGUGGGUGACCCCGUGCGCCUUGAGGUACGGCUGACCAACCGGAGCCCCCGCAGCGUGGGACCCUUUGCCCUCACUGUGGUCCCCUUCCAGGACCACCAGAAUGGUGUGCGCAACUAUGACCUACAGGACACCGUCUCCUUCGUGGGCUCCAGCACCUUCUACCUUGAAGCAGUGCAGCCAUCAGGUCAGUCAGCCUGCCUCGGGGCUCUCCUCUUCCUCUACACAGGGGACUUCUUUCUGCACAUUCGGUUCCAGGAGGGCAGCAGGAGUAAGGAGCUGCCGCCAUCCUGGUUCUGCCUGCCCAGUGUGCAUGUGCGUGCCCUGGAUGCGCAGGCCUGAGCCUGUUUGGGUCCCUGUCCCUGUGGGGCUCAGGAGGCCACCUGCUUGGUGUCAACCCCCCGAAGGGUGCAAAGUCCUCUCCUGAGUGCCCAUCUCCUCUUCCUGCCUGCACCCUCACUGUCUAACCCUCUCUUGCCUUUUCCUGGGGAGUCCUCUUGGAGGCAUGAAGCCCAGACAGGCCGUUGGCCCGCUUCCUGCUGUUCCCUAAGCCCCACUGCACCUGAUAUAUUCAAGGCCCUGUGUGGGUCUGGGGAACCCUACACCUGCUCUCAAGACCCAGGACCCUCAACCCCCUGUGCCGCUCUCAUUAGCAGAGGGUCCUCUUUUUCUGCUGCCCCCCUUUUGAUAUAGGAAGAAAAGGCAAGUGUGAGGAUGGAUGCUCCCUCAUGGGCUCAGCACCCUCCCACAUGCUCCCCUGGUCCUUGGAGUCCCUUGAGGGCCAUUUCUUUUCCCAAAGGCCAUGUGGGCAGCCUAUCCAGAGGAGGUGAUGCCAUGGCUGCCCACGGCAGGCCCGAGUGUGGGUGCUGGGUGUUGGUGUCCAUGUUUGCAACUUGUUCUCUAAUAAAGGCCUUCCUUGCUCCUC